AUGAUGGUACCGGACGAGCUUGCUGCGUGUGCUGAAUUCAAAAAGAUGGUUGGGGGCGAGAAGUUCUCGACCUCCAAUUCGGCCGCCAUGAGCGCUCAUAAAGUCGAAACGAUGAAGAGCAUGAGCAGCUUCAACGAUGAACUGAUACCCGAAGGCAGCACCCUCCAGUCGCUGAAAGACUGCCGCAUGGCCAUUGCCCGCACUAUUUUCGGCGAGCUGGGCGACGAUGUGAACAUUCUAGCUCCGUUCAACGUCACUUGGGGCUGCAACGUCUCCAUCGGCGAUCGGACCUAUGUCAAUCGCGAGGUCCAAAUAUGCGAUGAUGCCCCAGUGAGCAUUGGCUCGGAUGUCUACAUCGGGCCGGGCGUCUGCAUCACGACCGCAACCCACUCGGUCGAUUGGCAGGCAAGGAAACGUGACCAUGGCACGUCCAUGGCGAGGCCGAUCCGCAUCGGGGAUAACUGUUGGGUUGGCGCCCGUGCGACGAUCCUGCCGGGUGUCACCAUUGGGAGGCGCUCCGUCGUCGCCGCGGGCGCCGUCGUCGCGAGAGACGUCGAACCAGAGGUGGUCGUUGGAGGUGUCCCUGCCAGGAUCAUGCGUUCUCAAGCGACGGCCGCUCGACCCAACAGUUGUGACUGGACGCGCUCGACGCUCGUCAUUGCUGCCCUCGCUUUCCUCGUGUCUUUUUUCCUCGCCUCCGAAAACCUGAUGUGA